AUGGCCUCCCGUCUUCUUGUUUCUGGUCUCCCUCGGUCCCUCCCUCCCCUUCCUCAGGGCCCUGGCCCUACCUGUGUCCCCUGUGUUGAGGGGCGCCAGCGGGCUGCCCCUCACUCCUCCCAGUUUCCUCCGACAGAGGCCCCGUUGCAGACGCUUCACAUGGACGUGUGGGGCCCAGCCCGCGUCCGUGGACAGGGUCACGAGCGCUACUUCCUGCUCGUUGUUGACGACUACUCGCGUUACACCGCAGUCUUCCCCUUGCGCAGCAAGGGUGAUGUCACAAAGACCUUCACGCUUCCGGACUCCCCGCAGCAAAAUGGGAUUGCUGAGCGCCGCAUUGGCAUGGUCAUGGACGUCGCUCGUACGUCUAUGAUGCAUGCGGCUGCUCCCCAUUUUCUGUGGCUGUUUGCGGUGAGGUACGCGGCGCAUAAGAUCAACCUACACCCCAGGGUCUCCAGGCCGGAGACCUCCCCAGACUUGCUGUGGACGGGGAAGGUUGGCGAUGCGUCGGCGUUCCGGGUCUGGGGAUCUCGGGCGUUUGUCCGUGACUUGUCUGCGGACAAGCUGUCCCCUCGUGCUGCUCCUUGCGUCUUCCUGGGGUUCCCCCCUGACGCGCAUGGGUGGCAGUUCUACCACCCCACCUCUCGCCGUGUUCUAUCCUCCCAGGACAUCACGUUUGACGAGUCGGUCCCCUACUACCGCCUCUUCCCCUACCGCACUCCGUCCCUCCCCCCGCUGCCGCUUUUCGUUGUACCAGACGGAGUCGAGCGUGUCAAGGUCAAUAGUGACUCUGGUGCUGCUGAGGGUGCUGAGCUUGGGGGUGCUGACUCUGGGGGUGCUGAGCCUGGGGGUGCUGCGACUGGGGGUGCUGAGCCUGGGGGUGCUGAGCGUGGGGGUGCUGAGCCUCGGUUCUCCGGGUGCUUCGUCUCUGCGGGAGCCACUCUCUCCACAGGAGCUGCGAAAGUGGUUUGCCCGGCGCUGAGGCGUGCUGCUGGUGCUGGAGGUUCUUCGGCUACUGAGGGUGCUGCUGUCGCGGGUCGCGGAGGUGCUCGUACUGGGAGUACUGGAGUUGCUGGGCUUGCGGGUUCUACUGGAGCUGGUGCUGCUGAGGGUGUUGGAGCUAAGACUACUGCUGGCGGUCCUGCUGCGCGUACUCCUGGUACUGCUGGAGGUUCUGGCGCUGCUGGAGGUGCAGCUGGAGCGGGUGCUCCUUCUGGGGGUACUAGUGCUGUACCUACUGUGUUUGGCGUCGUCGCGCGGCCUCGAUCGUACUUCGUUCCACUCCUGCAGCAGGUUCUUGGUCUUCCGCCUUCUACUGGUCCUCCUCCUUCUUUAGAGUGUCCACAGCCAGUCCCGUCACAGUUACAGUUGCAGCCUACCUCCCCUUUGCCUGCUCCUUCUCCCUACACUGGUCCUACUGGAGGUCUUUUUGAGCGUGGUGAGCCAGCGUCUCGCCCUGCGUCUCGUGUCCGUGCUGCUCGCGCUAGUGGUCGUGGUUCGCGUCUGCGUCCUCCUCUUGUCCCUGGCACGCACAGGAUGUCUCUGCGUCUGUCCACUGCUCCUCUGCGUGCCCCUUUACCUUCUCCUCCUGAGUCCUCUCUUCCUGCUUUUGCCGACCCGGAGUCGGACUCUCUUCGUGCUUCCAGUCCUACUGUCACGCGUCUCCUGGCUACUGUCGUCACUGACCCUUCUUUCGAGUCCACUGCUGCGUCUGCCCUAGUUGCUGAGCUCGUCGACUUUGCUGCUCGCUCUCGCCUAGACUACGCUGCUAGUCUUGUCGCGGAGUCUGAGUCUGUCUGUCCUCCGUCCGUCGGGGGUGAGUGUGCCCUUGGCACGGACGUCCUUGAGGACAGGCAGGAGGAGUUCCAGUGCUUGGCCGCUGCUUCACCUCAUCUCAUGUCCGUACUGCUUACCCCUGAGGGAGACCCGGAUGCACUUGACAUCCCGACUCCACGCUCUUACGCGGAGGCGAUAGAGGGUCCCUACUCUUCUCAGUGGCAUGCAGCUAUGGAUGCAGAGAUGGCUUCCUGGAAGUCCACAGGCACCUACGUUGACGCUGUCCCCCCUCCUGGGGCGAACAUCGUCAGUGGCAUGUGGAUCUUCAGGGUGAAGCGGUCGCCGGGUUCUCCGCCUGUCUUCAAGGCGCGUUACGUGGCUCGUGGCUUCAGUCAGCGGCAGGGAGUUGACUACUUUCAGACCUUCUCUCCCACGCCGAAGAUGACCACUCUUCGGUGGAGUCUCCGGCAUCCAGUCUACGGUCUCCGCCAGGCGCCACAUGAGUGGCACGACACACUGAGGACUACGCUUGCAGCUCUUGGCUUUGCUCAUUCUACUGCCGACCCGUCGCUGUUUCUACGCACCGACACUUCUCUGCCGCCGAUCUACAUCCUCGUGUACGUCGACGACUUGGUCUUUGCCACAGCUGACACUGCUGGACUCGCCUACGUGAAGUCUGAGCUACAGAAGAGACACACGUGCACAGACCUGGGUGAACUGCGCAACUACCUUGGCUUGCAAAUCACCCAGGAGAGAGCACACCGCACCAUUACCCUGACUCAGUCACACAUGGUGCAGCAGGUCCUUCAGCGCUUCGGCUUCACGUACUUCUUGCCUCAGGCCACUCCUCUGCAUACUCGCCACUCGCUCUCAGCUCUGCCUUCGGAUGAGUCCGUAGAGUCGAGUGGCCCGUAUCCAGAGCUUGUUGGCUGCCUCAUGUACCUGAUGACCUGCACACGACCUGACCUUGCAUACCCUCUUAGCAUUCUCGCACGCUAUGUUGCUCCUGGGAGACACAGACCAGAGCACAUGGCUGCAGCGAAGAGGGUGUUGCGCUACUUGUGCAGUACGUCGGGCAUGGGGCUAGUGCUUGGAGGGCGGAGUCCAGUGGUCCUCACUGGGCACGCUGACGCUUCUUGGGCUGACGACGAGGCUACGCAGCGGUCGUCACAGGGUUACACCUUCAGCCUUGGUUCCGGCUCUGAGCUUCGCUGGCUCACCUACCUGCUGACCGGCCUUGGAGAGUCGCCUCGUUCUCCUCCAGUCCUGUACGUAGACAACAAGGCCAUGCUGGCCUUGUGUCGAGAGUAG